AUGCUCGGGAGCGGACUCUUCGCCUUCUUAAUGGCUGUCAGAGACGUGAUCGGCUAUGCCACUAGAGUCGCUGACGACCUCCACCACUGCCUCUCGUUUGUAUUGAAAAUCGACGCGUGCGACGAGAGCUGCGCGUACAUUAAGGCGUGCUUCAUUCUGCACGUCGGGCUCGUCGGGGAGGAGCCACUCGACCGUGAGGAUUUGCAGCAGCAUGACCUCGAUCGAGUAGAUGCGGCGAUUUCAAAUAGUCGGGCUAGUGAGCGGAUGAUGGGCUGGUCGAAGGCCGACACAUUGAACGUCGAACUGUUGCUACCUAAUCGGGCGUCGGAGGUGGCUGUGCGAGAUGAUGAGGCUGCGAGCGAGGUGCGGGCAAUGACAAGCAUUGAUGAUCGGAGGUGCGACUGUUGUUGCGAGGAAGGUGACCGGAAUGUUGAACAUACAAUAAAAGUCGUGAGGUUCGACCAACAUGUUUCUGGUCGAUGUUUAGCGCCAGUCGUCUGCGCUGAUGGCUGA